UAUAUUUAAAUAAAUGUUUGUUUUAUUGGGAACAAAAGGGGGUUGUUUGGGCUGUCCAAGAUGUAAGUGGAAAUUUUAAAUCGUAUGGAUUUCUUGAAUCUGUAUUCCCAUGCAGGCAAUUCUCAAUAUUAGUAGAUUUACUUUUGAAACUUCGACUGGAAAAUAUAAUCAUGAAAAUCUACAUAAAGAUCCAAACUAUUAUGCAUGUCCAUUAUUUAAUUGUAAACAAGAAUAUUCUGAUCCUACUUCACUGCGUAACCAUGUUCGUAAAAUACACGGAGAAAAUGUCUGGGAUUUUAUUAAAGCAAAUAAAAAAUCUAAAAAAGCAAAUGGCUAUGGACUAAUUGGAAUAAGUGAAGAUGGAACUCCUUACGACAUGUCAAAUGAUGGUGCUGGCAGCAGCAAUGCGAACCGUGAAGUUAAUGUUGGUCAGACAACAUACCCACACCAAGGAGAACAUUUUGUUAGUCCCGCAUACCAACAUGGACAAGAAUUACAACUAUUUCCACCAAAUGUAGAACAUCAACAAGGCAAUCACAAUGAAGAGUAUUUAAUGCAAGACAAUUUUAAUCCUAAUGAGGAUAUAAAAACAGAUUUGAGCCUUUGGCAUUAA